CCCGCUGUGCCAUCCUCGCUGUGCCAUUCUCGCUGUGCCAUCCUCGCUGUGCCAUCCCCGCUGUCACAGCCCCGCUGCCCUUGUCAGCCUCAGGUCCUGCGGGAAAUGUCUUUCUGUCCUUGAACAAUAUUCUUGAUGGGACAAAGAAGUGGACGUCCAGAAAGAAGCAAGAAACCAGAGGUGGCACUAAGUGAGACCAUGGAGGCAGAAAUUGAAGUACAAAAUAAUAAAGAGGAAAUUGAAGAGGUGGAGGCAAAAAACAAGAAGCUGGCAUCAGUCUUUGGUGUGGCAGACUUAAAAAAUGAAGCUGUUGGACUGUACAAUCUUGGCCAGACCUGCUGCCUGAACUCCCUGCUGCAAGUGUUCUUCAUGAAUAUCAGCUUCACCAGGAUACUCCGGAGGAUCACAGUGCCACCUCCUGCACGGAGGAGGAGCAGUGUCCCCUACCAAAUGCUCCUGCUGCUGGAGAAGAUGCAGUGUGGCAAGUGCAAAGCUGUUUGUCCCACAGACCUGGCUUACUGCCUUGCAGAGCACAGAGUGAAAUUGUUUGUGCAGUAUGAUGCUGCUCAGCUCUUUCUGACUCUCUGGAACUUGUUAAAGAAGCAGAUGAAAAACCCAGAGCUGGUUGAAGAGCUGAGUGAUUUGUACACAAUCUGCAUACAGGAGCAUCUGGCCUGUCAGAAAUGCUCUUUUGAAAUGAAGAGCAACAGCAACAUGUUAACCCUUCCACUCCCAGUGCUGGAUGCCAAUUCUCACAGGCUGAAGACUCUGGAGCACUGUCUGCAAUACUUCUUCCUUCCAGAGGAGCUGACUGGACAAAACAUGUGUUUCUGUCAGCAGUGUGGGAGGAAAACACCUUUUCUGCAGAGCAUGAAGCUUGUCCACCUGCCCCAGACUCUGACCUUGCACCUGAAGCGUUUCUGCUUUGAAAGUUCCUCUCACACACACAAGCUGAGUCACUCCCUGCCAUUCCCACAGGAGCUUGAUUUCAGGGAAAUCUUGACAGAAGAUCAGUGCCAAGCAGAUGACAGUGAAAAGGCUGGCUGGCAGUAUGAGCUUUUUGCUGUGGUUGCUCACUCAGGGUACUCCAGCUGUGGCCAUUACUGUGCCUACAUUCACAGCCUCACAGAGUGCAGGUGGUAUUGCUUCAACGACUCCCAGGUUUGCCAGGUGUCAUGGGAUGAUGUUAAAUGCACCUAUGGACGUUCCAACCUCAACUGGAGAGAAACAGCCUAUCUCCUGUUUUACAUGAAAAAGCCCCCUCAGCAGCCCAGUCCUGGAGUAUUAGAAUGUCUCUGAAAGCUGUGCACUGUCCAUGGAGCUCUGCACCUCUGGGCCAGCGUGGACAUGCACAAAUAUUCCACAAGGAAGACAUUCUGCACUCAGCAACCUCGGUCUUCACAUUUAUUUAUGGAAAAAAAGUGCAGCAGACACUCAGCUAGAGAAAGGAUCAAGGAGCUGUUGCAACUAGAGACCAUUUAUUUUGUGUUGGUGGUUUUUUUUUUUUAAUUUAUGUGACUCUACAUGUUCAUUUCCUCUUUAAAAGCUGAUGAAGUUAGUCCUUGUCUCUGCUGCCUUACCAUUUUCCUGGUGCCUGGAUUCCAGUCCAGGAGAAGUGUUUGACUGGAAAGCCUGUGUGAUAUUCCAGGGAGGUGAGAGGUUUUACUGGAGAGCUGUGGGAGCCAUACAGAGCCAGUAAGGGCUUGAGAUUCACUUUGUCCUUUUAGCAGUGUGUUAGAUGCUGGCAAGCUGGGCAGGAGACCCCCAAAAUCACCCCAGAAACAGCUGGAGGAAGGAUCAGAACCCUUGUGACAUCACACACUCCUAAAAACCUCCCUGAAAACAAAUCUCUGCAGCUGAGAUGUGCUUUAAAUCAGGAGCUAUUGGAGCAGUUCUGAUGUACAAGAGGAGUUUGUAUAAAUCUGUGCAGGUGAUUAUUAUUUCAGCAGGGUUAUCAGGCUUUUAGAUGCAUUUUCUUUCCUGUAGAAGAAGAUAUUCAGAGCAGCAGAGAUUCUGAAUCUGGUUAGUGAUUUUGCACAAUCCAGGCCAUAGAUGGUGGUAAGGGAAGGGAGAUGCCUUGAUGAGCUUGAACUUUUGGGGUUUUUGGUUGUGUGGCUUUUGAAGCACUCAUGGUGUUAACUCUUGCUGAUCCUCUUGGAUUGAGGAUCCCAGCAGUUUGAGGACUGGAAGGACCUUCAACACUCUAUGACUAUAUUUACAAAGGUGCUGUUUCUGUGGACUGAGCAAUUAUUAAAUUAUAUUAAAAUUAUAUAAAUUAUAUAAAACUGAAAAACUAGUGUAGAUAUACUGCCAUCUAUGUAUAACCUGAUUUUAUUGUGGUAAUGAUGAUGAGGUUCACAAAUCAUGUCCCUUUUCUGAAGGUAAACUGAGAAAUCUUAGAGCACAGCUGUGAAAUUUCUCUUUCACUGUGUGGAAGGUAUUUAUACUAAUACAGGACCUGUAUUGAUAAAGUCCAUUAUUCUGUUCAGCUCUGUAUUUCUGUUGUUUAUUCUGUGGUAAAAAGAUCCCAGCAUAUUAUUUGCCAUCAGGAUGAGGAAUUUUCAGGCUGUUCACCUUCAGGAAUGCAUUGCACUAUUUCUAAAGCAUCUUGCAAUGGGUGAAAACCAAGUUUCUGUUUCCUUUUCCAGCAUUGCCUCUGUGAAGGAGCUGACAAAGCUGCACUUUCAGGAGCUGAGAAGUUAAUGGGUUAAGAGACUGACAUUUCUAAAUAGCUGUAACUUGAAAUUAAAAAAACUUAUGCUUAUGAAAAAUGCCUUAAAUGUGUCAUAACCUUCCAGGGAUGUCACCCAUCAAGGAAAAAAAUUAAGAAUCUUUUCAGUGAAAAAAACAACAUUUAAUUCCAAUGAAAAGUAAUCAGUGGGUUUUUUAAUAAAAUAUUAUGGGAUACAUAA